CGUCGCACGCACACCGUCUUCCAGCCCCCCUCCGAAGCGCUCUUCUCUCUCUCCGACUCACUCACUCACCUUUUUGCGCAACGCAAUUAGUUCCUCUUGAGUGUCUUCCCUUCUGUACGAAGUUAGGCCUGGUGUCUUGACGAACAAGAACACGUGCGACACAACACACACACACUUUCUCUCCUCCGCUCCUCAAACCGCACGCACGCACGCACGCGACUCUGCAACAAUGGCUGCUCCCGCGGAAAAGACCACCAAGAACCUCAGUGGCCAAUGGGUCCUGAACAAGGAGCUCUCCGACUCGGCCGAGCCGGGCCUCGUGAUCCAAGGGAUCGGCUUCCUCGUGCGCAAGGGCAUCGGGAUGGCCACCAUCACCAUCGACGUCAACCAGUACGAGGCGCCCCCCAAGGCGCCCUCGACGGCCGACGGCACCUUCACGCACAUCGACAUCGAGCAGUCGGCCUCGGGCCUGAGCUCCACCAAGGAGGCCCGCUGCCUCGACGACCUGCAGCGCGAGCACUCCGACUGGCUCUUCGGCAACGUCAAGGGCCAGACCGCCUGGGUCUCGGUCGCCGACAUCGACGACGAGUACCUUGGCAAGGGCUGGCUGUCCGAGGGAGGCGACGGCAAGAACCUCAUCCGCAGCCACGUCGUCAGCCAGGACAGCGGCUGGACCGCUACCCAGGUCUGGGGCUUCCAGGACAUCAACGGCGAGCGGAGGUACUGCCGCAAAAUUGUCAUUGCCAAGGAUGACCAGCGUGCCGAGUUUCGCUUCGUCUACGACUACCAGAGCUAGAUGGAUGGCAACGAACGGCCGACGACGUCAAGACUCGGCUCCCCUGGGCCCCUGUUGUGGCUGAUGAAGCGCGCGGGGUUCGGAUGGGUGAGUUGGGGCAAGUCCGUUCCUGCAGUUGAUGCGGGAUCGUGUGUGUGUGUGGAGAAGAAAGCUACGUAUAGGGAGCAUGCGCUGCGGUGCCCACUUGAUAGCGACAUGGUGCGCGCGCGCACCCGGACGGGCUUGCACGGACGAGAUGAAUGAUAGAUGUAGAACAAUCGCCGAAUGUAUUUUGUAAUACUC